AACCGUGAGCUCGCAGGCUGUUAAAGGAAGGCCGUGCCUUGGCCGCUGCACCUUCCCCGUGGCGGGGAGAAAGCGCAGCUCCCGGCCUCGGCCGCAGCCGGCUCCAGGUCCCCCGGCCCGGGGCUGACUGAGACGGUGCGGUGCCCACGCUCUCGCGAGACUAGCGGUCGGGGCGGCCGGGUCGAGCCUCCCGGAAAUGGGCCAGUGGUACGGUCCGCUCCCACCUGGGACGAGUGCGCGCACGGCCCGGUGGGGUCCCGGGUGUGCCCAGGAACCCGCGCGAGGCGGAGUCGCUGAGACUGCCUGCUCCUCACCCAGCUGCCUCGGCCCUACCCCGGUCGCCCGCCGCCCCUCCCUUUGCCCUUCACUGCGCCCGGCCCUCCUUGGGCUGCGGCUUCUGUGAGCGGCUGGACAGCCAACCUUUCCCCUUCUGUUUCUCCGCGUCCCCUCCCCCCGACCGUAGCACCAGAGUCGCGGGUCCUGCAGUGCCAGAGAAGCCGCACGUAUAACUCGCUCGGCGGGUAACUCAUUCGACUGUGGAGUUCUUUUAAUUCUUCUGAAAGAUUUCAAAUCCUCUAGAAGCCAAAAUGGGGCACAGUAAACAGAUUCGAAUUUUACUUCUGAACGAAAUGGAGAAGCUGGAAAAGACCCUCUUCAGACUUGAACAAGGGUAUGAACUACAGUUCCGAUUAGGCCCAACUUUACAGGGAAAAGCAGUUACCGUGUAUACAAAUUACCCAUUUCCUGGAGAAACAUUUAAUAGAGAAAAAUUCCGUUCUCUGGAUUGGGAAAAUCCAACAGAAAGAGAAGAUGAUUCUGAUAAAUACUGUAAACUUAAUCUGCAACAAUCCGGUUCAUUUCAGUAUUAUUUCCUUCAAGGAAAUGAGAAAAGUGGUGGAGGUUACAUAGUUGUGGACCCCAUUUUACGUGUUGGUGCUGAUAAUCAUGUGCUACCCUUGGACUGUGUUACUCUUCAGACAUUUUUAGCUAAGUGUUUGGGACCUUUUGAUGAAUGGGAAAGCAGACUUAGGGUUGCAAAAGAAUCAGGCUACAACAUGAUUCAUUUUACCCCACUGCAGACUCUUGGACUAUCUAGGUCAUGCUAUUCCCUUGCCAAUCAGUUAGAAUUAAAUCCUGACUUUUCAAGACCUAAUAGAAAGUGUACCUGGAAUGAUGUUGGACAGCUAGUGGAAAAAUUAAAAAAGGAAUGGAAUGUUAUUUGUAUUACUGAUGUUGUCUACAAUCAUACUGCUGCUAAUAGUAAAUGGAUCCAGGAACAUCCAGAAUGUGCCUAUAAUCUUGUGAAUUCUCCACACUUAAAACCUGCCUGGGUCUUAGACAGAGCACUUUGGCGUUUCUCCUGUGAUGUUGCAGAAGGGAAAUACAAAGAAAAGGGAAUACCUGCUUUGAUUGAAAAUGAUCACCAUAUGAAUUCCAUCCGAAAAAUAAUUUGGGAGGAUAUUUUUCCAAAGCUUAAACUCUGGGAAUUUUUCCAAGUAGAUGUCAACAAAGCGGUUGAGCAAUUUGGAAGACUUCUUACACAAGAAAAUAGGCGAGUAACCAAGUCUGAUCCAAACCAGCAUCUUACGAUUAUUCAAGAUCCUGAAUACAGACGGUUUGGCUGUACUGUAGAUAUGAACAUUGCACUAACGACUUUCAUACCACAUGACAAUGGGCCAGCAGCAAUUGAAGAAUGCUGUAAUUGGUUUCGUAAGAGAAUUGAGGAAUUAAAUUCAGAGAAGCAUCGACUCAUUAACUAUCAUCAGGAACAGGCAGUUAAUUGCCUUUUGGGAAAUGUGUUUUAUGAACGACUGGCUGGCCAUGGUCCAAAACUAGGACCUGUCACUAGAAAGCAUCCUUUAGUUACCAGGUAUUUUACUUUCCCAUUUGAAGAGACGGACUUCUCCAUGGAAGAAUCUAUGAUUCAUCUCCCAAAUAAAGCUUGUUUUCUGAUGGCACACAAUGGAUGGGUAAUGGGAGAUGAUCCUCUUCGAAACUUUGCUGAACCGGGUUCAGAAGUUUACCUAAGGAGAGAACUUAUUUGCUGGGGAGACAGUGUUAAAUUACGCUAUGGGAAUAAACCAGAGGACUGUCCUUAUCUCUGGGCACACAUGAAAAAAUACACUGAAAUAACUGCAACUUAUUUCCAGGGAGUGCGUCUUGAUAACUGCCACUCAACCCCUCUUCAUGUAGCUGAGUACAUGUUGGAUGCUGCUAGGAAUUUGCAACCCAAUUUAUAUGUAGUAGCUGAACUGUUCACAGGAAGUGAAGAUCUGGACAAUGUCUUUGUUACUAGACUGGGCAUUAGUUCCUUAAUAAGAGAGGCAAUGAGUGCAUACAAUAGUCAUGAAGAGGGCAGAUUAGUUUACCGAUAUGGAGGAGAACCUGUUGGAUCCUUUGUUCAGCCCUGUUUGAGGCCUUUAAUGCCAGCUAUUGCACAUGCCCUGUUUAUGGAUAUUACGCAUGAUAAUGAGUGUCCUAUUGUGCAUAGGUCAGCGUAUGAUGCUCUUCCAAGUACUACAAUUGUUUCUAUGGCGUGUUGUGCUAGUGGAAGUACAAGAGGCUAUGAUGAAUUAGUGCCUCAUCAGAUUUCAGUGGUUUCUGAAGAACGGUUUUACACUAAGUGGAAUCCUGAAGCAUUGCCUUCAAAUACAGGUGAAGUUAAUUUCCAAAGCGGCAUUAUUGCAGCCAGGUGUGCUAUCAAUAAACUUCAUCAGGAGCUUGGAGCCAAGGGUUUUAUUCAGGUGUAUGUGGAUCAAGUUGAUGAAGACAUAGUGGCAGUAACAAGACACUCACCUAGCAUCCAUCAGUCUGUUGUGGCUGUAUCUAGAACUGCUUUCAGGAAUCCCAAGACUUCAUUUUACAGCAAGGAAGUACCUCAAAUGUGCAUCCCUGGCAAAAUUGAAGAAGUAGUUCUUGAAGCUAGAACUAUUGAGAGAAACACAAAACCUUAUAGGAAGGAUGAGAAUUCAAUCAAUGGAAUGCCAGAUAUCACAGUAGAAAUUAGAGAACAUAUUCAGCUUAAUGAAAGUAAAAUUGUUAAACAAGCUGGAGUUGCCACAAAAGGGCCCAAUGAAUAUAUUCAAGAAAUAGAAUUUGAAAACUUGUCUCCAGGAAGUGUUAUUAUAUUCAGAGUUAGUCUUGAUCCACAUGCACAAGUCGCUGUUGGAAUUCUUCGAAAUCAUCUGACACAGUUCAGUCCUCACUUUAAAUCUGGGAGCCUAGCUGUUGACAAUUCAGAUCCUAUAUUAAAAAUUCCUUUUGCUUCUAUUGCCUCCAGAUUAACUUUGGCUGAGCUAAAUCAGAUCCUUUAUCGAUGUGAAUCAGAAGAAAAGGAAGAUGGUGGAGGGUGCUAUGACAUACCAAACUGGUCAGCCCUUAAAUAUGCAGGUCUUCAGGGUUUAAUGUCUGUAUUGGCAGAAAUAAGACCAAAGAAUGACUUGGGGCAUCCUUUUUGUAAUAAUUUGAGAUCUGGAGAUUGGAUGAUUGACUAUGUCAGUAACCGGCUUAUUUCACGAUCAGGAACUAUUGCUGAAGUUGGUAAAUGGUUGCAGGCUAUGUUCUUCUACCUGAAGCAGAUCCCACGUUACCUUAUCCCAUGUUACUUUGAUGCUAUAUUAGUUGGUGCAUAUACCACUCUUCUGGAUACAGCAUGGAAGCAGAUGUCAAGCUUUGUUCAGAAUGGUUCAACCUUUGUGAAACACCUUUCAUUGGGUUCAGUUCAACUGUGUGGAGAAGGAAAAUUCCCUUCCCUGCCAAUUCUUUCACCUGCCCUAAUGGAUGUACCUUAUAGGUUAAAUGAGAUCACAAAAGAAAAGGAGCAAUGUUGUGUUUCUCUAGCUGCAGGCUUACCUCAUUUUUCUUCCGGUAUUUUCCGCUGCUGGGGAAGGGAUACUUUUAUUGCACUUAGAGGUAUACUGCUAAUUACUGGACGCUAUGUAGAAGCCAGGAAUAUUAUUUUAGCAUUUGCUGGUACCCUGAGGCAUGGUCUCAUUCCUAAUCUACUGGGUGAAGGAACUUAUGCCAGAUACAAUUGUCGGGAUGCUGUGUGGUGGUGGCUGCAGUGUAUCCAGGAUUACUGUAAAAUGGUUCCAAAUGGUCUAGACAUUCUCAAGUGCCCAGUUUCCAGAAUGUAUCCUACAGAUGAUUCUGCUCCUUUGCCUGCUGGCACACUGGAUCAGCCAUUGUUUGAAGUCAUACAGGAAGCAAUGCAAAAACACAUGCAGGGCAUACAGUUCCGAGAAAGGAAUGCUGGUCCCCAGAUAGAUCGAAACAUGAAGGACGAAGGUUUUAAUAUAACUGCAGGAGUUGAUGAAGAAACAGGAUUUGUUUAUGGAGGAAAUCGUUUCAAUUGUGGCACAUGGAUGGAUAAAAUGGGAGAAAGUGACAGAGCUAGAAACAGAGGAAUCCCAGCCACACCAAGAGAUGGGUCUGCUGUGGAAAUUGUGGGCCUGAGUAAAUCUGCUGUUCGCUGGUUGCUGGAAUUAUCCAAAAAAAAUAUUUUCCCUUAUCAUGAAGUCACAGUAAAAAGACAUGGAAAGGCUGUAAAGGUCUCAUAUGAUGAGUGGAACAGAAAAAUACAAGACAACUUUGAAAAGCUAUUUUAUGUUUCAGAAGACCCUUCAGAUUUAAAUGAAAAGCAUCCAAAUCUGGUUCACAAACGUGGCAUAUACAAAGAUAGUUAUGGAGCUUCAAGUCCUUGGUGUGACUAUCAGCUCAGGCCUAAUUUUACCAUAGCAAUGGUUGUGGCUCCUGAGCUCUUUACUACAGAAAAAGCAUGGAAAGCUUUGGAGAUUGCGGAAAAAAAAUUGCUUGGUCCCCUUGGCAUGAAAACUUUAGAUCCAGAUGAUAUGGUUUACUGUGGAAUUUAUGACAAUGCAUUAGACAAUGACAACUACAAUCUUGCUAAAGGUUUCAAUUAUCACCAAGGACCUGAGUGGCUAUGGCCUAUUGGGUAUUUUCUUCGUGCAAAAUUAUAUUUUUCCAGAUUGAUGGGCCCGGAGACUACUGCAAAGACUAUAGUUUUGGUUAAAAAUGUUCUUUCCCGACAUUAUGUUCAUCUUGAGAGAUCCCCUUGGAAAGGACUUCCAGAACUGACCAAUGAGAAUGCCCAAUACUGUCCUUUCAGCUGUGAAACACAAGCCUGGUCAAUUGCUACUAUUCUUGAGACACUUUAUGAUUUAUAAUUGAUUACAGAUAUUAAGUAUGCAAUUACUUGUAUUAUAGGAUGCAAGGUCAUCAUAUGUAAAUGCCUUAUAUGCACAGGCUCAAGUCGUUUUAAAAAUCUCAUUUAUUAUAAUAUUGAUGCUCAAUUAGGUAAGAUUGUAAAAGCAUUGAUUUUUUUUAAUGUACAGAGGUAGAUUUCAAUUUGAAUCAGAAAGAAAUAUCAUUGCCAAUGAAAUGUGUUUGAGUUCAGUAAGAAUUAUUCAAAUGCCUAGAAAUCCAGAGUUUGAAAAGGAAAAAUCAUGUCAUCUUCUAUUUGUACAGAAAUGAAAAUAAAAUAUGAAAAUAUAAUAAUGAAAGAAAUGAAAAGAUAGCUUUUAAUUGUGGUAUAUAUAAUCUUCAGUAACAAUACAUACUGAAUACACUGUGGUUCAUUAAUGUUAUUACCACUUACUAUAGUAUUCUUAAUACAAUGCUCACUGCAUUUAAUAAAUAUUUAAUAAAUGGUGAAUGAUAGAAGUUUCCAUCUACAAUAUAUGUUCCUAAAUGGAGCACAGAUGUUCAAACUAUGCUUUCAUUUUUUCACUGAUAUAUUAAUUUUUGUGUAAUGAAUGCCAACAGUAUAUUUUAUAUGAUUUACUUAUGUAAGGAAAUAUGCAAAGCAUUGGGAAAUUUAUUUCCUAAGAACAGUUUUGUAAAAUUAAUAUUGAGUUCUAGUUUUAUAAGAUAGCUUACAUUUUCAAAAUGGAAAUUGUUGGUCAUAUUUCUAGAACUUUAAAGAAAAAAUGUUAUUAGUUUUCUAAAACUCAACUAUCUUUAGUCAUGUUCAAAAAUCUAUUGCUAGAUCAUAGUAGAUACUUGUUUUCUAUUAACUCAAAACCUACAUUGACAAGUUUAACAUUGAGAAGAAUCUUAAUAAAAAUAUGGAUAUGAAUUCAGUAGAUAUCUUUUUUUUUUUUUUUUUUUUUUUUUUUGAGACGGAGUCUUGCUCUAUCACCCAGGCUGGAGUGCAGUGGCCCGAUCUCGGCUCACUGCAAGCUCCGCCUCCCGGGUUCACGCCAUUCUCCUGCCUCAGCCUCUCCGAGUAGCUGGGACUACAGGCGCCCGCCACCACGCCCGGCUAAUUUUUUUGUAUUUUUAGUAGAGACGGGGUUUCACUGUGGUCUCGAUCUCCUGACCUCGUGAUCCACCCGCCUCGGCCUCCCAAAGUGCUGGGAUUACAAGCGUGAGCCACCGCGCCCGGCCUAGAUAUCUUAAAUUCAAUAAAAUCACUGGAAGUUUUUCAUGAUAACUUAUUUUAAGAUACCUUAAAAAUCUUAAAGUCACAAAAGGAAAAAGGUUUUUAACAUUUAUAUGAGUUCACGUUUUUUCAUAGAACUUAUUUCCUAGAUAGAAUUUUGUACCAUUUUUUACUGUUUUCUUUUUUUUUUUUUUUUUUUGAGACAGAGUCUCGCUCUGUCGCCCGGGCUGGAGUGCAGUGGCGCAAUCUCGGCUCACUGCAAGCUCCGCCUCCCGGGUUCACGCCAUUCUCCUGCCUCAGCCUCCGAGUAGCUGGGACUACAGGCGCCCGCCACCGCGCCCGGCUAAUUUUUUGUAUUUUUUAGUGUUUUCUUAAGAAAACAGUUAAAUCAUUAUGCAUUCAGUUGGAAGAAAGUAGUUGCAAGAAUUCUUUCAUUGGCCGGGCGCGGUGGCUCAAGCCUGUAAUCCCAGCACUUUGGGAGGCUGAGGCGGGUGGAUCACGAGGUCAGGAGAUCGAGACCAUCCUGGCUAACACGGUGAAACCCCGUCUCUACUAAAAAUACAAAAAAUUAGCCAGGCGUGUUGGCGGGCGCCUGUAGUCCCAGCUACUCGGGAGGCUGAGGCAGGAGAAUGGCGCGAACCCAGGAGGCGGAGCUUGCAGUGAGCCGAGAUUGCGCCACUGCACUCCAGCCUGGGGGACAGAGCGAGACUCCGUCUCAAAAAAAAAAAAAAAAAAGAAUUCUUUCAUUGCUAUAUAAUAUUCAGUGGCUCAUUUAUAGCUAAUAAAAUAAUGGUAUUUUAAAAGUAAUGCUACUUUUAAAGUAGCAUUUUUUUAGUUAGUUUACAGGUUACAUACCCAAAACCUUAACUAUGACUAAGAAAUUAAAGAAGAAAACCAGCAAACUAGAACUUCUGGGCAGCAAAAAUUGAUAAAUGCUCCAGAUGUCAAAUACCCAUGCUUGAAAGCUCGUGUAAUUUACUUUAAGGUUAUCUGCCUGCUCUUCUUCAAAGCUGACCUUGCUUUAGAAAUAGUUUUAACUAGCUUAGUUUUCUGGUUUCCAAAACUAAAACAGAUUAAAUCCUACAAAUUUAAGGACAGUUGUGACAGUAAUCUGAGACCACUAUCUAUAAAUACAUUGGUUUCCAAAUCUCCCUUUCUUCUUCAGUUCCUUCCUUGUUCAAUAUAUAACCUUCUCUAAACUGUGCGGGUAAAAGGAAUGACUUGUCCUUGAGAGAACCAUUAGUUCAUCAAAGGUUUAUGUAGUUUUGUUGCUGUAGCCUAACUUUGAUAUUAAGGGAGGUAAGAAAGGUAAGAGAAAACCAGCAUAUUUAAUCAAAGCAAGAAGUAAUCACUGACAGUUAAAUGUGACCAAAAAAAUUAAAAGUUCACAAUUUUUUUAAUGUAGCCAUUUGGGGUUAUCUCUAGUGAGGCAGAUACCCACGUUGGUAAACUUUUAGGAUAUUGUGUUGCACUAGAAAACUAAGUGGUUCAUAUUUCUAAUGAGGAAGAUGAAUGAAAGAACAUUGUUAUAUUCUGCAUGGUAUAUUUUAAAGUUUAAGAAGGCAUGUUAAACAUUAUUUCCUCUAUGGUAGUUAAAAUACAGAAUUAGAUUUUUAACAGGUGUCAUUUGACUAAAGAACAUUUAGGUAGAAUGCUUCAUACUUGAGUGAUGCUGGAUAAGGUAGUAUUAUAUUAUAUUUCAACAAUGGACUAUGCCUUGGUUUUUCACUAAUCAAAAUCAAAAUUACUCUUUAACAUGAUAAGUGAAUUUGCCAGUUUAGUAUGCUGUGGUAUUUUAGUAAGUUUUCAAAGAUAAUUGGGAAAACAUGAGACUGAUCAUGUUUAUGAAUAUUGUAACAUGUGAAUUGUGAUCCAUUUCUGAUAUGUCUUGAACUACUGUGUCUAGUGGGCAAAUGUCAUUGUUACCUCUGUGUGUUAAGAAAAUAAAAAUAUUUUCUAAAGGUG